GCACACCUGACCUGGCACGCUCAUAAAAGAAAGAUAACAGGAAGAAUUGCUUUCAUGAGUGGCAUGACGCUGACGUCAUCGGGGAAUGUGGACGCCAUUGUGCGGGACAACUGGAGCGAGGAAACACUUUGGGAUACAUGAGACUUGCAGAAAAUGUUGUGUGCUCUGUGCACUUGUUGUCUUUCUCAGGAAGACGAGAGGCAGCCUCUCCUGCAGACCAGCACACCUCAGCCAGAUGGAGCCCAAUCUGCCAGGAAAACAAGAGCCAAGACCUCUGAGCCACAAGCCACCAAGCAGACCGGCAGACUGCUGAUGAGGCGGGUCUGCGUGCAAGACCUGGAUCUGAGGUUUUCUGAUCUGGCCGAGACCUUCAACGAGCUGCAAGGACGCUACCAGUCCAUGAUUGGACACAUCGGAAACCUGCAGAGGAAUUGCGGCUGCGCUUUGAAGGACGUGAACAUCUCUCACUGCGUGGAGAAGAUAUGUGAAGAACACAGGGACACAUGCACCGUCUCCUUGACGAUGAAGGGCUAUGACUUCUUCCUGUCCGCGGCGCCCCGAGAGGGAAAUAACAAGCUGGCCGUGCCUCAAGCUGUGCAAUCAGCUCAAGAGGAGGUGAGGUGUCUCUCUGAGAACACCAAGGCCGCCGUGUCCAAGGGGACCACUCUUCAGGAGCUGAUUGGCUGGCUGCUCCGUGGCCAGGUGCAGAUGGCCGAGCAGGUGAAGAAGGUGGCGGGGACUUACCAGGAGCGAGGGAGACUAAUGGACAACCUGGAGGAGAACAUGAGGGAAGUGAGUAGGGCGAAGGAGCUGUCCUUGAAAUACAGAAGUGAUGCUGGAGAGAUUCUCACCCAAGCAGCUCACCUUGCAGGUGCUCCAUUAUAACUCAUUUAUUGACUUUAUACACCUCAAAACACUGAUUUGUAGGAUGCAUCGUGUUUUUUAGAGAAAUACUUUCGAAAUCAAGUAGUAAUACGAUACAUUUAAUUCUUGAUCAUGUUCCUGUUGUUUUUGCACUUUUUUGAGUCAACACUAGAGGGCAGUAGACCUCCGUUGACGAUAGAGUCAAGUAAAGUGUAUAGACUGUCAUAAUAAGGCUUACCUUCCGUUCAUUAUAUUUCAAUUCUUAAACGCAAACCAAAAAACUAAAUUAGGGCUGUUGUUAAAUUGUUUUCAUUGUAUAUGGCAGAUCAAAUCAAUCAAUCAAUCGAUCAAUGUUCAUUUAUAUAGCCCUAAAUCACUAGUGUCUUAAAGGGCUCCACAAACCCCAAACCCACAAAAUAAAAAUGUUAAUUUUCAUUAAAAUAUAGACAUACAAUUUGA